AUGACUCAGCCGGGAGCUAUUCUUCAGGGUUACAAUAACGAGCUGGUAAAAUACAUCGAAGACUUAUGUAUGCAAAAAGAGGAGCUGAACAAACAAAUUCAGCAAGCAGAAGAGGAAAAAAGUAAGCUCCAGCAUGAAAUUCAAGCCCUGAAUGAACAACUGGGGCAUGUGUCUGAAAACCUGGACCAGAAGAUAGCUUUGCGGAAUGAUCUUAGCAAAAUUCUUAACGAAGCUGAAACUGCUUACAUGAAGAUUUUGGAUAGUUCUAGAACUUUGCUUAAUGUCCUGAAGAAGGAGGUGGGAGACUUAAAGCAUACCCCAGAACUGAAAAGUAAUGUAACGUGA